AUGAGAAGAGCACGGGGUGCUCUGAGAGUUAUGCAGAGUGCCUACAGGGAAGAGCAGUGUGCAGAGCACGAGCCCAGACUGGCCCCAGCCCCAGCCCCAGCAGCGAUCGCAGGAAGCAGGCAGCGAAGCAGCCUAGCAACGAGAGCAAGCAAACGGGAGCCCAGGCCAGGCCGGGCCGGGCCGGCCCUCUGCGCACAGCCCGAGCGCAGGACAGGACAGGACACGACAGGCAGGCCCGAGGCGAGCGUGAGGAUUUCCUUGCCUGCCUCGACGGCCCGAGAGGUCCUUCCGCGAUCCGCUUCUCGCUUGCUUAGGACCGGCUGGGGCGGACCUCCUGCCCUUGCCUUUGCCUCGAGUCUUCGGUCCGGUCCGUCUCUUCGUCCACACAAGGGCAAGCGAGACGAGGAGCAGGAGCAGGAGCGGGAGGAGGAGGCGGAGGAGGAGCACUGCCCGCCCGAAUGUCCAUAUGCUGUGUCACCUCCAGCACACCGUCCACGUCCGAGGGCCACUCCUUCUCGGCGUCGCGGCCACUAG